AGAUAUAGCCCACUCUAUGGAAAGGAUCUGUCCAGUGAAAUACAGACAUUUUUAAUGUCAGGACAUGAAUCAUUUGAAGAUGGCUGCCAAAAAGUAAAGUUCUUCUGUGAAUAUUCUGCAGAAAUUGCAGGAUUUCUGGCCAAUGAGUAUUUUGAUGUUGUAAAGUUGUCUCAGUAUGAAUUAAUAAAAUCACUGAAUGAAAUUACCACAACAUAUAUAGAAUGGAUAACUGCACAUCUUAUUAACAGACAUCAAGCUAAGUGCCGGAGUAUCUGUAAAGGAUUUGAAGGUAUCGUUGUUAAAGCUUUAUCAGUGCCCAAAACCACAGAAGAAUUGAUGGAAAUGGGCAAAUACAUGCAAUAUGCCAAAACCACAUUCAUGAAGAAGAUGAAGACAGAAGUAAGAGUAAUGAUACAUAAGAUGAUAAAAUUGAUGGAUAUGAGAUUUCUCACUCAAGAACAUAUUGAUCUGAACACAAAAACUAUUCUGUGGUUGCAAAAUAUUAAGCCGGUGUUCAAGCAUAAUUCAGUGCUUUAUGAACAAUACAAAUCUGAAUUUGAAGAAAAUUUGGUGAAGAAAACUGACAGUCUUAUGAAGGAAAUUGAAGCCAUGUUUCCACGUCUUGCAGUUCUUGACAUGAUGGAUGACGCUGACAAUGUCAGAGAAUAUCUUAAUCAUAUCAGGUGGUUUAUUCGAAAGCUGCAGGCAUUUGAUGAAACAAUUGUUUGGAUAAACAAGGAGGAAGGGCUGUUCCAGUUCCCAAUUUCAACCUAUCCAGAAUUAGAUGAAUUGAAGAGUAUUAUCAAUCCAUUUGGAGUAUUGGUUUUCCUAGUCUAUAAAUGGCAAAGAACACGGAAAGUAUGGCUGGAUGGAAAUUUUGAUGAUCUUGUAGCAUGCGAGGUUGAAGAGAAAACAGAGGAUUUUUACAAGGAGGUGGUGAAGACACAGAAAAGUUACCGUUCAAAACUGAGACAACAAGUUGCAGAAAAUUAUCCACAGAAAUUCAAGGGUAAUGUAGAUGAUCCAGACUUUGCCAAUUUGCCUGCUCCAGUGAAGCUCUGCGUGAAGACAAUUGAGAGUAUUAAAGACUUCAGACAAUAUGUCCCAGUGGUUGGAACAUUCUGCAAUCCAGCUUUAUGUGCACGACACUGGAAUGAGAUGUCAGAGAUAGCAGAUUUUGAUCUCACUCCAAAUGCUGGAACUACUUUAAGCAAAAUAAUUAAUAUGCAUCUUGAGAAGCAUUUGGACAGGUUUGAGAUAAUAAGCAUUGGUGCAAAGAAAGAGAAGGAGUUAGAGGAGAACUUAUCAAAACUGUUAACAGAAUGGGCUGAUAUUGUGUUCACAGUUAACAAAUGGAAGGAUACAGACAUUUCAAUUCUGUCUCAGUUAGAUGACAUACAAGCUGUUAUGGAUGAUCAUUAUGUCAAAACACUUGCCAUGAGAGGCUCAGCUUUUAUGAAGCCAUAUGAAGCUGAAGUGCGAGAAUGGUAUGAAAAACUGAUAAGAAUGAUGAAAACAGUUGAGGAGUGGGGCAGGGUACAAGCACAGUGGCUUUAUUUGCUUCCUGUAUUCUCAUCUAAGGAUAUUAUCAGCCAGAUGCCAGAAGAAGGGAGACUGUUUCAGGCUGUUGAUCAGGCAUAUAGGAGGUUAAUGAAUGCAGUUGAAAAGGAUCGAAGAGUAACUGAGACAGCAGGUGCACUUGGCAUAUUUGAAACUCUACAAGAAUGCACAGCUGAUCUGGAGAAGAUCAAUGAGGGAGUAUCUGCCUAUCUAGAAAAGAAGAGACUUCUUUUCCCAAGAUUCUUCUUCCUUUCCAAUGAUGAAAUGUUAGAAAUUUUGUCUGAAACCACAGACCCACUGAGAGUACAACCUCAUCUGAAGAAAUGUUUUGAGGGAAUUGCUAAGUUGCACUUUGAUCCUGCUCUCAACAUUCAUGCCAUAUAUAGCAGUGAAGGGGAGAAAAUAGAUUUGGUGCAGCUCGUCUCAACAGCUGACUCUAGAGGAAAUGUUGAGAAGUGGCUUGUUCAGGUGGAAGAACAGAUGAUUGUGUCUGUAAGAAAUGAAAUAGAGAACAGUCACAAAGUAUAUCCUAUAUGCAACCGUGCCAGUUGGGUUUUGGAAUGGGCAGGACAAGUUGUGCUCUGUGUUGCAAUGAUGUACUGGACAGUAGAAGUGCAGCAUAUUCUUAGACUUCAGAAGUUAGAGAAAUUAAAGGAGUAUUUCAAAGAUCUUCAGCUCCAACUGCAAGACCUUGUUACGCUUGUGCGCGGCAAACUUUCCAAACUGUCCCGUAUCACUUUGGGAGCAUUAGUCGUGCUUGAUGUUCAUGCCAAAGAUGUUGUAGAAGACUUAGUCAACAAGGAAGUUCAUUCUGAGUUGGACUUCAAGUGGCUGGCUCAGUUACGGUAUUACUGGGAGCAUGAUGUGAAGGUUCGCAUCAUCAAUGCCACAGUCAAUUAUGCAUGUGAAUAUCUGGGCAAUUCUCCUCGAUUAGUAAUCACACCACUGACUGAUCGAUGCUACCGCACCCUGAUUGGUGCCUAUCAUCUGCAUCUUAAUGGUGCCCCAGAAGGCCCUGCUGGGACAGGCAAGACAGAAACAACCAAAGAUCUAGCCAAAGCUAUUGCAGUUCACUGUGUGGUUUUUAAUUGUUCUGAUGGUCUGGAUUAUAUUUCCAUGGGGAAGUUUUUCAAAGGUCUGGCAUCAUCAGGGGCAUGGGCAUGUUUUGAUGAAUUUAACCGGAUUGAACUAGAGGUGCUGUCAGUAAUAGCCCAACAGAUCCUGUGUAUCAUUCAAGCAGUUCAGGCAGGGGUUAAAAUGUUUGUGCUUGAAGGCACUCGGCUGAACCUUAAUCCUGCUUGCUAUAUUUGUAUCACCAUGAACCCAGGUUAUGCAGGGCGAUCAGAGCUACCUGAUAACCUGAAAGUCCUUUUCCGCACUGUUGCUAUGAUGGUACCAGACUAUGCUCUCAUUGGAGAAAUAAUAUUGUAUUCAUAUGGAUUUGUGGAGGCUCGAAGCUUGUCUGUGAAAAUUGUCACCACAUUUCGACUGUGCUCAGAACAGCUAUCAUCUCAAAACCACUACGACUAUGGGAUGAGAGCAGUUAAGACUGUGUUAGCAGCUGCUGGAAGCUUGAAGUUAAAAUUCCCAGAUGAGAAAGAAGAGAUAUUGCUCCUUAGAUCAAUUAUUGAUGUCAAUCUUCCCAAGUUUCUUUCUCAUGAUAUACCUUUGUUUGAGGGCAUCAUCUCUGACUUAUUUCCUGGUGUCAUACUCCCUGUGCCUAAUUAUGAUGUAUUUCUUAAUGCUGCAAGAGAGGCAUGCAAGGCAAAGGCUCUACAACCUGUAGAUUCAUUUUUGAUAAAAGUAAUUCAAACAUAUGAGAUGAUGAUUGUACACCAUGGAUUUAUGUUGGUAGGGGAACCAUUUGGAGGAAAGACUUGCACCCUCAAGAUUUUAGCUGACACCUUAAGUAUAAUGGAGAAACAAGACCAUAAUGAAAACAGAGUUAGGUUCCAAUUUAUUAACCCCAAAGCUGUUACAAUGGGCCAGUUAUAUGGACAGUUUGAUCCAGUGUCAUUUGAAUGGACUGAUGGAAUUGUUGCUACAGUCUUCAGGAAAUAUUCAACCGAUGAAACUCCUGACAGAAAGUGGGUAAUUUUUGAUGGGCCUGUUGAUGCUGUUUGGAUAGAAAAUAUGAAUACAGUUUUGGAUGACAACAAGAAGCUUUGCCUUACUUCUGGAGAAGUUAUUGCUCACACUUCUCAGAUGUCCAUGAUAUUUGAAGUAAUGGAUCUGUCUCAGGCUUCACCAGCAACUGUUUCUCGUUGUGGCAUGAUCUACAUGGAACCAUCAGCUUUAAGCUGGGAACCUUUGACUGUCUCCUGGAUUCAACAAGGAAAUCCUCAGUGGGUAGAAGGAAAUGAACAAAUUCUGCAAGACUUGCUUCAUUGGUUUGUCCCACCUUGUCUGCUUUUCAUAAAGAAACAUGCAGUUCAGUUGGUUACUGCUGGAGUUACAAAUCUGGUGGUAUCUACUAUGUCAUUAGCAAGAAUGCAACUUGAAGAUGCUAUACAUGCAAAUGAAGAUGCUAAACAUCUUACUGUCUGGAUUCAGGCAGCAUUUAUAUUUGCUGGUAUAUGGGGCAUUGGAGGUAUCCUAGACACAGACAGUAAAAUUCAGUACGAUGAAUUCUAUAAGACUUUGUGGAAAGGUCAUAAUAAAGAUUAUCCAAUUCCAGAAAGUCUUGAAAAGAUGGAUGUUUCAAUACCUGUGGAGGGAACUUUGUAUGACUAUACCUAUAAUUUUAAACAGAAAGGGAACUGGAAAUAUUGGCCAGAUGUACUGAAGUCUAUGCAUGCUAUAGAGACUAUUAACAUCCAACAGAUGCUAAUUCCAACUACUGAAUCAGUGAGAUAUCAGUAUCUGAUGGAGCUGCACAUACAUCACAAUGUUCCUAUGCUGCUAGUUGGUGACACAGGUACAGGCAAGAGUUUCUAUGUGUGGAACAUGUUGAUGAAUCAGUUAUCAGAACAAGACUAUGUCCCAGCAUUCAUCACCUUCACUGCCCAGACAACAGCAAAUCAAACACAGGAACUUGUCAUCUCAAAAUUGCAUAAACGGAGGAAGGGUUUGUAUGGGCCCCCAAAGAACACCAGAUGUGUUAUAUUUGUGGAUGAUAUGAACAUGCCAGCAAGGGAGAUAUAUGGAGCACAACCACCAAUAGAGCUGCUUAGACAAUACUUUGACCAUGGCCAGUGGUAUGACUUGAAAGACACAACAGAGAUAUACCUCCUGGAUGUUAUGAUGUUGGCUGCAAUGGGCAUUCCUGGUGGGAGUCGACAGGAAGUGUAUCAGCGCUUCUUGCGCCACUUUAGUAUUUAUUCUACCAACCCAUUCACAGAAGAUAGCAUGACCAAGAUAUUUACAAAUGUUCUCAGCACUAGUCUCAGAAGAAAUGGAUUUGCAAUGGAUGUUAUAUCUUCAGUGUCAUGCAUAGUAAGUGCCACAUUGGAUAUAUACAAAGCAGCAAUUCGUGAUCUGCUUCCAACUCCAGCCAAGUCCCACUACAUAUUCAACGUGAGAGACUUUUCCAGGGUCAUACAAGGAUGUGCUCUUCUUAAGAAAGAGAGUGCUGAUAGUAGGAAUGUGUUCAUCAAACUCUGGGUCCAUGAGGCAGUAAGAGUGUUUUAUGACCGCCUAACAGAUAACAAAGAUAGGCACUGGUUUUACAAUAGACUGCGUCACUGUGUCCGAGAAAAUUUCAAGGAAAACUUUGAUCUGUCACUAGAUACACUUCCCAUGGAGAGUGGUAUGGUAACUGAAGAGUCUCUCAGAUCUCUAAUGUUUGGAAACUUCAUGGAUGUGGAUGCUACAGAUGAAGAAAAGAAAUAUGAAGAAAUACCGUCCCUUGAAGCAUUCAAAAAUGUUGCAGAGGAAGCUCUGGAAGAAUAUAAUGCAACCCAUAAGACAAAAAUGGAUAUUGUUCUGUUUAGGUACUCAUUGGAACAUCUGUCGCGUAUCUGUCGCAUCCUCAGCAUGCCCUGUGGUUCUGGCUUGCUUGCUGGUGUGGGGGGCUCAGGAAGGCAGUCCCUUACAAAACUUGCUUCAGUCAUUCAUGGAAAUACUUUCUUCCAGCCAGAAAUAUCUAAAGCAUAUGGAGUUAAUGAAUGGAGGGCUGACCUGAAGAAAGUACUCAAAGAGGCUGGUGGCUAUGGGAAAGAAACAACGUUUCUGUUCAGUGAAGGCCAGAUAAAGGAGGAAGUGUUUUUGCAGGACAUAGACUCACUACUGAAUUCAGGCGAAGUUCCAAAUUUAUAUGCCGUGGAUGAGCAGCAGGAAAUUUUGGAACUAGUGAGGUUAGCUGCUCAAGGAGGUAACAGAAAUCUGGACAUUAGUGCACUAGCAGUUUUCUCAUUCUUUAUCAACCGUUGCAAACAAAAGCUGCACAUCAUGUUGUGCUUUAGCCCUAUUGGUGCAUCAUUUCGCAGCUGGUUACGAUUGUAUCCAUCAUUAGUUAACUGCUGCACCAUUGAUUGGUUCAUGACUUGGCCUGAAGAAGCAUUAGAGAUGGUUGCACAAAGAUACAUGACUAAUGUCAAUGUCAGUGACGAUAUUAAGAAAGCAGCUGUAAUAGCAUGCAAAUAUUUUCAUGUCAGUGCAAGGCAUGUUUCUGAUGCCUUCUUAACACAAGAAGGCAGAAAGACGUAUGUUACUUCAGCAGCAUACCUGGAGCUCAUUCGAUCAUUCACAGAUUUGACCAAUGCAAAACAAGAAGAAAUAAUGAAAGCUAAACUGAGAUAUAUGUGCGGACUGGAUAAGUUACUCUUUGCAGCUGAACAAGUUGCAGCAAUGCAGAAGGAACUGUCAGAGUUGAAGCCUCAGCUAGUUCUGGCAGCUGAUAGGGGCCGGGAUAUGAUGAGAGAGAUUGAAAAGGAGACAGUCAAAGUUGGGGCUGCUUCUUCUCAAGUUCGAUCAGAUGAGAAAAUUGCCAACUUGCAGGCAGCUGCAGCUCAAGAUCUGAAGAGUGAAUGUGAAGCUGAUUUGGCUCAAGCAAUACCUAUAUUGGAAGAUGCAAUUGCUGCACUUAACACAUUGAAACCGACGGAUAUCACAUUGGUGAAAUCCAUGAAGAAUCCUCCUGAUGCAAUCAAGCUGGUAAUGGCAGCAGUUUGUGUGAUGAAAGAUGUGAAGCCAGAUAGAAUUAAUGAUCCUACUACAGGCAGAAUGAUAAAUGAUUACUGGGGACCUAGUAAACGAGUGCUAGGAGAUAUGUAUUUUCUCCAGUAUUUGAAGGAUUUUGAUAAAGAUAAUAUUCCUCCUGCCAUAAUGAAGAAAGUCAGAACUGAAUACCUUCCAAACAAGGACUUCAAACCUAGUGUUGUGGCCAAGGCUUCUAGUGCUGCUGAAGGUCUGUGUAAGUGGGUGAUUGCCAUGGACAUGUAUGAUAGAGUAGCAAAGGAAGUUGCCCCAAAGAAGGCAAAACUGGAGAUAGCAGAGGCAGAGUACAAUGAUACAAUGGCCUUAUUGGAGGAAAAAAGGUCCCAACUUCAGACACUUGAGGCACAGUUAGCUGAAUUGCAUCAGAAACUAAGAGAAGCAAAUGAACGGAAGAAAGCGCUUGAAGAUGAUGUUAUUCUUUGUACAAACAAACUGAUGCGAGCAGAGAAGUUAAUUGGAGGUCUUGGGGGCGAGAAGACUCGCUGGUCAGCUGCUGCCAGUGCAUUGCAAGAAGACUAUGACUCACUUGCAGGAGAUAUACUGAUUUGCUGUGGUAUAAUUGGUUACUUAUCCCCACUCACCAGUUCAUACAGGAAUGAAUGUGUAGAAGAUUGGCACAACUAUAUAAUUGAGUUGAAUAUUCCCUGCUCACCACAAUUUAGUUUCCAGAAGGUCCUAGGCUCAGACAUCAAGAUUCAGAACUGGAAUAUUGCAGGACUACCAAGAGAUUCAUUUUCAAUUGAAAAUGCAGUUAUUGUUGAUGUGUCUAGAAGAUAUUCACUACUUGUAGAUCCUCAGGGGCAAGCUAACAGGUGGAUAAGAACUAUGGAGAAAAUACAUGAUUUGCACAUUAUUAAAUUCUCUGACCGUAAUUACAUGAAGGUUAUUGAAAGUGCCAUUGAGUUAGGCAAGCCUGUGCUCCUGGAAAAUGUGGGUGAGGAGUUUGAAGCACCACUGGAGCCACUGCUUAAGAAACAAAUAUAUCAUCAAGGUGACAAGAGUUACAUCAGUCUAGGUGAAACUGUGUUGGAGUACAGUGACCAAUUUCGCUUCUAUCUUACUUCAAAACUGAGAAAUCCUCAUUUCUUGCCAGAAAUUUUCAACAUUGUAACAGUUGUAAAUUUUGCACUGACUCUGGAAGGACUGGAAGAUCAACUACUUGGAAUUGUGGUGGCCAAAGAAAGACCUGACCUUGAAGACAAACGACAGACCCUUAUUGUUCAAAGUGCUGCUAACAAGAAAGCACUGAAGGAAGUUGAAGAUAGCAUAUUGGUAACUUUGUCUCAAACAAAGGGCAAUAUUUUGGAAGAUGAAUCUGCUAUUGAAGUUUUGGAUUCAUCAAAGAUAUUGGCUCAAGAUAUCACAAGGAAGGAGUCAUCAGCUAAGGAAACUGCAGUGAAAAUAGAGGCUUUUCGUCAUAGCUACAGGCCUAUUGCCCAUCAUUCCUCCGUUCUGUAUUACUGCAUUACUGAUCUCCCAAAUGUGGAUCCCAUGUACCAGUACUCAUUAGGAUGGUUUAUUCAUUUGUACAUUAUUUCAAUUGAAGGAAGUAACAAAUCAAAGCAGGUGGAGAGACGUUUGGAUUUUCUACGUGAUGCUUUCACAUAUAAUCUGUAUUCUAAUGUGUGCCGCUCUUUGUUUGAGAAACACAAGUUACUGUUUUCAUUCAUCUUAUGCACAAACAUCAUGAUCUCUGCAGGAAAAUUGGACAAAGAUGAAUUCAUGUUCUUCCUAACUGGGGGAGUUCAUUUACAGAAUGAUAUUCCAAACCCUGAUCCCAGUUGGGUGGCUGAAAAGACAUGGGAUGAAAUCUGUCAUCUAGAUAGCCUUCCUUCAUUUUCAGGCUUCCUUGACAACUUCAUUAGUUCUGUAAAUCUGUGGCAGCAGUACUAUGACAGCCCAGAUAUUGAGAAUGCGGUAUUACCACAUCCAUGGAAUAAAUGUCUCUCAGCUUUUCAAGAACUAAUAAUCGUUAGAGUUUUCCGUCCAGAUAAGUUAAUCAUGUGCAUUACAAAGUUCAUUGAGAAAGAAAUGGGUCCAAAGUUUGUGAAUCCACCAGCUUUUGAUAUUACCAAAUCCUAUGAUGAUUCAAAUUGUCUGUGCCCUCUGAUAUUCAUACUGUCUCCCGGAGCAGAUCCCAUGGCUGCCUUGAUGAUAUUUGCAAAGAAGAUGGGAUAUUCUGGAAACUUCCAGUACAUAUCCCUAGGACAAGGGCAGGGACCAAUUGCACAAGCACUGAUUGAACAAGCUCAAAGAGAGGGACAGUGGGUGUGUUUACAAAACUGUCAUCUUGCUGUAUCAUGGCUGCCUACGCUGGAAAAUAUUUGGGAAAAUAUGGACACAAUAAAUACUAACAUCAACUUCAGAUUGUGGCUUACAAGCUAUCCAUCUGACAAGUUCCCAAGUUCAAUUCUACAGUUUGGAGUAAAAAUGACAAAUGAACCUCCUACAGGGCUGAAGCAAAAUCUUCUGCGCUCAUAUCUCUCAGAUCCUGUCCAGGAACCUGAAUUCUUUUAUGGCUGCCAGGGCAAGGAGAGGACAUUUACAAGACUCCUUUAUGCUCUCUGCUUCUUCCAUGCAGCAGUUCAAGAAAGGAGAAAGUUUGGUUCUGUUGGUUGGAAUAUACCAUAUGGUUUCAAUGAAUCAGACUUUCAUAUUUCUGUCAAGCAGUUACAGAUGUUUGUCAAUGAGCAACAAUAUGUUCCAUUUGAAGCCAUCACAUAUCUUGUUGGGGAAUGUAAUUAUGGUGGUCGUGUGACUGAUGAUUGGGAUCGAAGAGCUCUCAAUACUAUACUUGCUGAUUUUAUCAAUGAAGAAGUUAUUACUGAUGACAGUUAUGCAUUUUCCACCGCAGGAAAACAGUAUGGUCUUCCUACUCAGUAUGAGUAUAGACAUUAUGUCCAGUACAUAAAGGAAUUACCAACAGUUCCUACUCCAGAAGUAUUUGGAUUGCAUAUGAAUGCAGGGAUUACAAGAGAUCUCCAGUAUACGAAGCAGUUUCUUGAUUCAGUUUUGUUUGUGCAUGGAGAAGGAAUUGCUUCCCAAGGGGAAGCAAGAAAAUCAGAAGCAAGUCUAAGAGAAAUGAUAGAAGACAUUCUAUGCAGACUUCCAGUCACUUUUGAUAUAGAAAUGGUAAUGGAGAAAUUUCCAGUGUCAUAUGCAGAAUCAAUGAACACAGUAUUAGUUCAAGAAAUGGAGCGAUUUAACGAACUGUUAAACACAAUGCACAGUGACAUGAAGACACUUCUGAAAGCUAUAAAAGGUUUAGUAAUAAUGUCACCAGCACUAGAAGCAAUCAGCAGCUCUCUUGUGGUUGGUAAAGUGCCAACAUCAUGGUCAAAGGUUUCAUACCCAAGCCUGAAACCACUGGCUAGUUACAUGACAGACUUCUUGGAGAGAAUUAAGUUUUUGGAGGUAUGGGCAAUUCAAGGAAAGCCACAUUGUUUCUGGCUGUCAGGAUUUUUUUUCACUCAGGCUUUUCUCACAGGAGCAAUGCAGAAUUAUGCUAGAAAGUAUACAAUACCCAUUGAUCAUCUUAAAUUUAAUUUCAAAAUCCUGUCUGUCGAUUCAGUAGAGUGUUCACCUGAGGAUGGAGUUUAUGUUAAUGGCUUAUUUCUUGAUGGUGCUCAGUGGGACAGAAAUGUGUCAUGUUUGUGUGAAUCUCUCCCCAAAGUUCUCUGGGAUGUGAUGCCAGUCAUUUGGAUUAUACCUACAGACAAAUCUCUUCUGAAAGUUGGCAGCCGUUAUGUCUGCCCAUUGUAUAAGACAUCAGAACGCCAUGGGAUUCUCUCUACCACUGGCCAUUCCACUAAUUAUGUUUUGCCCAUACUCAUGAACACAAGGGAACUUCCUUCACACUGGAUAAAACGUGGAGUUGCACUGCUAUGUCAGCUGGAUGACUAACCAAAGGGAUCUUGAAACAGCAACCCAGCCCAUGAGAUUUCUGGCUGCUUCUCACAUAUUAACAAGCUUGUUUCAGUUAAAAGAACUUAUUAUAUUUCUUUCCCUGACUUCUGAUGUUAUUCUUGUGAUAUGUAAUGUAGUUUACAAUUUGACAUGACUAGUCACUUACAUGAAGUGAUAAUUUAUGUCAUGCUUUAAGAAAUAUUACUUGCAAGUGAAAACUUUGAUAUAUCUGUAUCCUGAAGUUCCAUGUUUUAAAUAACGUAUGUGUCAUCAUUAUUGUUAGGCAUAUUGUUCUAAUAUUUUGAAAUGUUCUUUCCGAAAUUAGACUUCUAUAACUAUCGUUCAUAUUCAUGUUUCUGUUUCAAAAAUAUUUUAUGUACACGUAUUUAAAAAGUUUUUCUAUGUGUAAUUUAUUGAUUUACUUGUGCUUCUAUUUCAAGAUUUGUUAUGUGUUUGAGACAAUAUGUUUAGUGUGAUGAGAGUUUUCAGUGUUAAAACCGUUUGAAGUUGAAUACAAGGUUUUUCUUAUAUACUCAUAUUAAAGUUAUCACAACAAUAUUCAUUAAAGGAGACUCACUUAUGCAUUUAGUGUAUCUUAAUCAUCUUAACUCAUCACAUAAUUCUGUUUUCACUGCCACUAUCUGCAUCUAACAUAUGAUAAAUUCCUGAACUUAACUUUUUGCCCCAGUGACAUCAUGGAGGGACAGGUUCAAGCUCUUCAGUGCUAAUAUCCGAUGGAAUACCUCUGAUGAUUCUCUUUUCAACUAUCACUCUGGCUGGAAUACAUAAACACUUCUAAUUUGUGUUCCUUAAUCCCUAUACAAUCUACCAGACUGUUUGCCAUGUUUCAUGAGGUGAGUAUGAGUAUGAGGGGUGAGCCAUAAAACUGGCCCUUGCACUGCGACUUUCAAUGAUCUAUUGUGCUUCCCCUUUGGUACAUGAGGUGAAGAGCGGUGUCAAGCGUCAUCUGAAGUCCUGGAAAAUUCUUCAAUAGUCAAUACCUAAUUUUUUCAACAUCCUCCUGAUGUCCACUACACUAACUUUGCUCUUAGGGUCAGAACCAUCAGGGCAAAUGGGCACUUUGAACACUCCCAUGUUGGGUUCAUUGACUUGUAAACCAGCCGUUGGCUUUGAUUUUGGUCUGAGAUUGCUUCACUCAGGAUUUUCCUAUUCUUGUCUUCUAGGAUCCCCUUGUUCUGGGUGGGAGCACCCUCCCCUCUUUCCAGGUCAGUCUCUACUUCCUCUUCCAUGUCCUCCAAAUCUUUGUUCACUUCUAGCUUGUCUUGUUUGGUAAGCAUCAUCUUUGCCUUCUUUUGAAGUUUUCCUUCCUAUGGUUUUUGGCUUACUCUCUUCUGGAUGCCACUACAGGUCUGGUUUGUUAGUUUUUUCCCCACUCGUCUUUUCUUGAUAUUCUCUGAAACUGAAUUUCCACUCUCCACAUCUAAGGGCUUCAGUAUAUUUCUUAAUAAUGUUUUCUUCCUCCUCCUUGGAGGAGGGUGACAGGGCCCCUUUAUAGUUUACCUCUUCCUCCAAGAUGACGUUACAGUUCACUGUGGCACUAGAGUUGUUCCCCACUCGAGUCAAACACUUACAUAAGGUUAGUGUACAAUCAGAAUAGUUCGCAUGACUUCGUAUCUAGGCCCGGGGGCCUCUGAUGGGAGUCUCAUUGAUUUUAUAUUGAAUUAGCAAAAUUAAAGUACUAACUAAAGUAUUAAUCUUAACAGCAGCAGCAACAGUA